AUGAACAUCAAAUGUUUAAAAUUUUUUAAAUAUUGUCAGACAAACCUGACGAACAUUGCCCUAGGGGCAUUCACCUACAACAGCUCAUCAUACAAAGUGGAUUAUAGAUUAUGGCAGACUUCCUACUUUGCUGUCGAUGGCAAAAACGGUUUGAUAGACACUACAGUGCUGUGUUCUUUGACUGUGCCUGGGUUCGAACCCCACUGGAUCGGUGUCGACCUUGGAAAUUUGUUUAACGUAGUCUACACAAUUGUUUAUGCAGGGACAAACAAAAGUAGUUUACCAAAAUGGAACGAUCUGAACUUCUUCAUAGUGGGGGUGAGCAACAGAUCCCUGGAUGUUCACCCGCCAGUGAGAGGCACCUACGAUCUCUGUGCUCAAUAUCCAGGUGUGGUAGUUUCGAAGCAGGUGGUUCAGUUGAAUUGUUCCUCUACUACGCCUCCAGCCAGAUACGUCAUACUGCAACAACCUUCCAACUCUACUGGAUACAUGUCCGUCUGCGAAUGGGAAAUCUAUGGAAUUCCAUACGGAAAACACCGCACCAACUUGUUGCUCAAGAAGCCGGCAAAGAAUAGCUCCAACUCAGUUAUACCUUGUGGGCCUCAAUCGGCGAACCUGGCCGUGGACGGCUUUCACGACACCUUCCCUUACAACUGCCACUGCGGACACACCAAUGACGCCCCUGGCGGACCGAACUGGUUCAGAUUCGACAUGCAAGCCGACUAUUUUAUCGACUACAUCGUCUUGACCUCUCGAGCUUGGGAAGACCCACCCAGCAACAACGAUGCUUACGCUCGCCGUCUGGAGAACUUCAUCAUCGGUCUGGCGGACACGCCUCUAACUCCAGUGCGACAAACCUACCCGAUGUGUGCCACUUGGCCCGGCUACGUAAAAGUUGGAGUGAAAGUUCAAAUGAAAUGCAAUGCUAACUUGCCCGACUACAGAUACUUGAUCGCACAGGGAGGCACCGGUCCCUUCAAUAGCCAAUUCACCAUUUGUGAGUUGGAAGCUUAUGAAGCUGUCGAUCGAAUGGUGUAUAGAAAAAAAUAUGGAAACAAUUUUUCCAAUACGCUAGCCAAAUUUGUGUGGAAAAGACAAGCCAGUGUCCGAUUAAACGGAUUCCAAUUCAAUCAGUUGUACGUGAGGAGUGCAUCGGAGUGCGUGAGUAAGAGCCAGCAACUGGGAGGAUGUGACUCCAUCAACUUCCAUCCAGCUUCCAAAUUGUGUCAGUUCAAUUCUCAUAUUAACGGCUACACUUCAAUUACGGCUGAUACUAAUUGGUCGUUUUAUGUGAUGAAUUAUAAUUGA